UUGGGGGGACCAGAAGGCCUCAGAUGACGCUGGAACAUAGGCCAUCACGCGUCGGACUCUGGGCCCUUGGAAUAAUAAGUGUUGUUAAAUCAGGAACUGUAGAAAGCUCAUUUAAAGGCAGGAUGAGGGUAACGCUAUCAUGUUUGGUAGUGGUGGUGAUGCUGAUGACUCCAGCGUCCUGCCAGAUCUUACAGGCACUGCUACCCCGACUGGUGGAGGACCUGCCAGCACUCUUACAGGCAAUUAUUACCCCACCCCGGACAUCUGCCUCACCCAGGGAUUCUCUCUUCCAGGCCAGGACUGGUAAUGAAGGAGAGGUUGGUGACCGCUUCUGCUUCGGAGAAUUGGGUUGCCUCGUGACGGACUCCAGUUUUUACCACGAGAGGUACCGACCCCUUAACUACCACCCGAAGUCACGAGAAGACGUCGGUGUCUACUUCUCCGUCAGCUCCCGGGAAGACCUGCUUGGUGUGGAGUUCCCAGCACUAAACACUCGGCAGAUCCUCAGCUCUUCCUUUAGAUCCAAUAGGAAGACCAAAAUCAUUAUCCAUGGCUACCUCGGUGACCAAAGGAUGCUCUGGAUGGACGACAUGGCUCGUGCCUUCCUGAGCACCGGAGACUAUAACAUAGUGUUAGUGGAUUGGACAACUGGGGCACAGGGAUUGUAUGGACAAGCGGCGGCCAACGCCCGGGUGGUAGGGCUGGAGGUUGCCCACCUGGUCAAUUGGCUGAGGAACCAAACUGGACUACAACCUCAAGAUGUCCACCUUCUAGGCCAUUCCCUCGGGUCCCAUAUCUGUGGUUAUGCUGGUGAGAGGAUCAGUGGACUUGGCAGGAUCACUGGGCUGGACCCUGCGGAACCUUACUUCCAGCACCUCCCACCCAGCGUCCGACUUGAUCCCUCCGAUGCUCUCUUCGUGGAUGUAAUCCACACUGAUUCCUCACACUUCUCUCUUGGUGGUGGGUAUGGGCUGCGUGAGCCAGUUGGUCACCUCGACUUCUACCCCAAUGGUGGCUAUAACCAGCCAGGGUGUCUGCCCUCCAUUGAUGCCCCCAUCAAGCUUCUCUUCGACAAUAAAAUCUCAUCCAACUGGUGGCACUCUGUUGGGAACUCAAUCGGCUGUAACCACCUCCGUGCCACCACACUCUUUAUGGACUCCAUCGUCUCAGAGUGUCCAUACUUGGCCUUCCAAUGUGACUCCUUCAAACACUACAGGACUGGAAACUGCUUCAGCUGUGGGGAGGAUGGCAGCAGGUGUGCUCCUAUGGGUCUGCACGCUGACACCUGGCCAGGACGAGGACAAACUGGUCUCUUGCUCUAUGUUGCUACUGGUCCAAGUGACACCCUUUGCAUGUACCAUUACCGGCUGCAGAUGAAGCUAGGAGAGAUGACAACAGCCAGUGUGGUGGGCACCAUCAACUUGUCCCUCCUUUCCCACACUGGACAACAGUGGUACUUCAACCUCACUGCUGGGUCCCCCACAAAGUUUGAUUCUGGGAAGACAUACACCUUCCUGCUGCAACACAGUGAUGACCUGAGUUCAAGCCAGGCUGCCCAACUUACCUGGUCCGCAAGCAGUGGUGAUCACUCCUGCCACCACACCUGUGACACCAGCCUCCCAUUGUCCACACUCUCACUCCUCAAUGUGGAGAAGUUUGUUCAAAGAAAGAGAAUUAGUCAGCCGAGUUUGGAGACAAAAGAGUUGGUGCUGUGCCAUGGUGGGACAACAGGUGUCAUUCAGGUCAGCAGUGGGAACACCGUCCACCUAGUAGCCUCACCCACCUGCUCCACACCGUAAUACAGCAACUUCAUCCAACAGUUGACAGCAAGGACAUAAAUCUCUUUAUUAUUAGUUUCAAAACACAAAUUAGACAUUAAUUAAGUGUAUCAAAUUUACUUGAGAUGCAGCAGCAGAAAUUCUGUACAUUUACUGCACAAAAAAUAAGAUAAUUCUGUUUUUGACUAUGAGUUGAAGGUGAAGAUUGGUUUCUUAAAGUGGAAGAUGUUUUCUUCAAAUAAUUUCAAAUGUGAGUUGACAGAGUAACAAUGCUCCACAUUUUUAUGUAAUAAGCCUAUGACUGUGGAUAUGAUCAAUCCAUAUGAUUUGUACAUAUUAAUGCAGUGGCAUGAAAGACAAAUAAUACAAUCGUCAUCAUCAUCAUCAUCAUCAUUAUCAUUGUUUUAUAGCCAUUUUCCAUACUUGUGUGAAUAGCUGAGUUCACUUAGUGGUAGCUCUCCAGGCUGCCUGGUCUCUUGCAAUUUCUCUAGUCAAGUGCUUGUCCUCGAGAUGAUGUCUCACUUCUACCCAUGUCAGUCUUAGCUUAUCCCUCGUGUUCCUCCUCUCCACAUUCUAAGUCCUGCCUCUCUUGACCUAAUUGUGACUCUGAAUAGGGUUUCUAUCCCUGAACAUCACUUUACUCCCAUCUCAUGAUGGGAUUUUAAGAUCAAACCUUUAUUUUGUUACAUUUAAUACCACUAUGUCAUUCACUCAUUGUGUUUUGCAAAUAAAAUCAUUUUUAACCUUA